AUGCUCCUGCGAUCUCACCUUACCCGCAGGCUGAAACAUAUGUCUUCCAGGAUCAAGGGUUGUCUGUUGAACACCAGAGAGACAGAUGAGAUACAUGAGACAGCUGAUGCAGACAAGGGAAAUGUGGCAACUACGGUCUCUGAAGGCCCGCAGGCUCCUUUAGCGGUGAGUUCGAUUCGUGAAGAGUCAGCUGCAACUUCCAUAACCGAACCAUCACCACGUCUGGCAAUCUUUACACUUCCACUCGAGAUCUUUCAUAUUGUUGGAGACUAUCUUCCCUUGGGUGCGCAGGUGGCUCUCAUGCUCACUUGUCGGGAGUUUCUUCGCAUAUACGGUCUUGAGAAGUGGGAUCAGAUCCGUCGCUUCCAUUAUUUGCGCCUGCACCUCUUCCAUUUUCUUGAACGAAAGCCUGGGUAUUAUGUCCUCAACAAGCCUUUUGGCUACGCAAUCACCCGCAAGCACUUAGCUUUGUACUUCGACAAGGAAGCAGGCUAUAGCGAAGGCCACAGUAUCUCACUCAACAACUUAUCUCAUUCCUCUACGAUUACAGCACCACAACUCGACUGGGUCCAAAGCGAGCUACGGCGCACGAAUCUGCGACUUCCAAGUCGCACGCCACACGACACCAUUAUUGACUUGGAAGUCGUGCCACGCCGACUCCCAUCGAGGUUACUGAUCCGAUCUCGUACACGAUCCCAGCACGACCCAUCAGAACCAAAUUGUCUUGAUGACUUGCAGAACCUCGGAGAUGGCGGUCAAGGCGUUUGCCUUAUGAUCGGUGCCGCCAGUCAUCCAGAAAACAUCGUGUGGACAGCUCUCGCAGGUGGCGAAACCAAGCAUGACGUCCGAGUUCUCAACUACCCUAGUGGGUGCAUCAGAGCUGCAUUUAAUGGUCCAGACCUGGAGGUAAUUAAGGCGAAUAUGUAG